AUGGAAUCGAACGAGGUUCGAGAGCGACGGCCGGCCGCCAAAGAUAAUACCGAGCUCCUAAAGCGUUCAACCAAACCGCCCACAGAGCCUCAUCUCAAACAUGGAGUUCCCAUGCAGAUCUUGCGUUCGCUACUACUGUCAACAUGGUUCAACUGCUGCGUCCUAGUGAUCUGUGUGACACAGCUAGUUGGAUGCCCAUUGUAUGUGAUCAACAGACGUUACUACUAUGCGUAUAUGGCCUACACAAAACAAUGUUUCGCAUUAGCCCUCACUGCCGUCACAGAAUGGAGCUCUCCUACUCUAAUUCGAGUGAGUGGAGAUGCUAGCGUGCGUGGUCAAAUUCAUCUUUCCAAAGAUGGUCUGCUGCAAACUCGGUUUCCAGAGCGUCUCGUCAUGAUCGCGAACCACCAAGUUUACACCGACUGGGUAUAUCUCUGGUGGGUAGCAUACACAAACUCGAUGCACGGCCGGAUCUUCAUUAUUCUGAAGGAGUCUUUGAAAUAUAUCCCCAUUGUUGGUACGGGUAUGAUGUUUUAUGGCUUCAUCUUCAUGGCUCGCAAGUGGCUGGCCGACAAGCCGAGGCUUCAGCACCGCCUGGAAAAGCUGAAGACCAACUUCACGGGCUCGAACUCAGCCCGCCCUACAUAUGAUCCUAUGUGGCUUUUGAUCUUCCCCGAAGGAACGAACCUGUCCAUCAACACCAAAGGACGCAGUGAUGCUUGGAGUCAAAAACAGAGCCUGCCUUCCUUCAAACAUGAGAUUCUUCCCCGCUCCACCGGGCUGUUCUUCUGCCUUCAACAAUUGCGUGGUACCGUCGACUGGGUUUAUGACUGUACAAUCGCAUAUGAAGGACCACCGAAGGGAAGCUACCCGGACAAAUACUUCACACUUCGCUCUACAUACCUACAGGGACGUCCGCCAACCUCUGUGAACAUGCAUUGGCGACGUUUCCAGGUUUCCAAAAUUCCCCUUGAAGACCAAAAAGAGUUUGAGGCGUGGUUGAUUGAGCGUUGGUCAGAAAAAGAUCAGCUCAUGGACGAGUACUUUGAGACAGGCCGCUUCCCAUCCGAGUUGGCCGGUUCAAUCAAGGCUGAUGGUACAGAGAAUGGGCAGCAGAUUGCCGCAGAGGCUGGCUUUGUCGAGUCAUAUGCUCGCGUCCAUCAUUGGAGUGAGCUUGGAUUGAUAUUUGUGGUGUUACUCAGUGUUGCUUCAGCUUGUAAAUUGGUGACAAGCUGGCUAUCGUGA